AUGCUCAACAUACUCUGCCUCUCCUUCGGCUGUGGCAAAGGCCACGACAAGGUCACCAAGAACCCACAACUCACUGACGAUGAUCGCAAAGGUCGCAUCGACUGUCCCUGCUGCAGAGAGGUCAUCCAAGACGAAAGCGACAGAAAGCCGCGCCAUGUGCUUGAGCAAAUCCUGAGAGAGGGCAAGGAGAAAGGCUUGCUCUGCGAAACCCAUCGCCGAUUCGGUCUAAACACUGCCGCUCUGGCCCAGAGUCCUCCUCGCGACAACAAGAUGGACAUGACUGGUGUCGCUGCUGUGCUCGCCGAAGCUGCUCCGAAGACCCCCUCCAGCAAAAGCAACAUCGAGUCCACUACCACCACCAGGCGCUCGUCUGCCAAGCCGUCGGCUGUCAGCGAUGAUGAGGAGUACGAGGACAUCCCGCUUGGCGUUGAGGAGGCGUCAACCAAGGUCAACGACGAUGAGGAGGACUCUGAUGAGGACUGGGACCACAUCCAGCGUGGAGAGGCCUUCUAUCUGGGUAAGGGAGACUGGCACAUGGUCAAGGACGAGGGUUCGAACAUGGCUUAG